AUGUCAUACAAAGUCGAGGAGCUACUCGCUCUAAGAGACUCCGUCUCGGAAUCGGCAGUGUCCAUUGACAAGUUCGCCGACGAGGAUGUCAUCAAGGAGCACGUCUUGCGACCCUCUGCAUCUGCCACCUUGGCCGGCACUUCCUCAAAUAGGAGUCUUCGAUUGUCUGCGACACCUGCGAUUACACCCGUGGCAGCCAACAAGAAGCCUUCGCCGUCCCCCUCAAUCAAGCGAGGGAAGGUCGAGAGGCUACUGAAGGAACACGGCAGCCCCCCCGGCAUACGAGUCACUGCCGGCGGUCGCGUCGUCCCGAGCGAUCUUCCACCGUUGAGCAAUUCCCGCUUCCCCAACAACGGCUUCAAGCCCCCUCCCCUCCGAGGGGUCGCGUCUGGUAGCAGUAUGUCUGCGCAAGCACGACCAGACGUCAACAACGUCCCUCGUUUCGAGGUCGUUGGAAGCCAACCUGUGCUCUUCGUUGGCGACCGAGCCUUCGCUCUUCCGUCGCUCGAAGCGACCUCUUCCGCCUUGCCGUCACUUGUUUCCGGGGUUCCAGAUACGACUGCAAAACAAGCAACACAGCCUUCCGUCUUGCCCUCUCAAGGCGCAUUCUCUGGCGCAAGCGCAGCCGCACCGCCUGGCCCGGUACGCCCCAAUGCGCAGACACCUUUCGCUGGUCUCGAUCUUACUACUCUGAAGGCACAACAGACCCUCAAGAAGCAGGAGCUUAAGAACGUGGAGCAGACAGAAGUUCUACAAGCCAGUCAACAGACCGAGGCCUGGCGUGCCGGGAUGAUUGAGAAGAAGAGAAACCUCAUCAUCGAACUCGAUGCCCUGAGGAAGGCCAUCAGUGCUGUCGAAGCUACCGACAACAACGUCCCGCCAGCUCAAGUGAAUACGUUCACUGGUCCUGUCGGCGCACCGGCAGCUUCAGCGGCACAGUCCUCCUUCAUUCCCCAAUUCCAGCAGCCCAUGCCUUCACCCAUGUACGCAUUUCCGGGCACAGGCGCCUUCUCUCCUUUGAUGAUGUACCAGCCGCCGUUUGGUGCCUUCCCCAGCAUACAGGCGACAGAGUCCACUCCAUUCGUCCAGCAUCCCGUACCGGCUCCGCACUCACCGGGAUCAGCUAGUCGUCGCUCCCACGCGGUCGAGAUCAAACCGCCCCGAGACGAGAAUAAGAAGCAGCCUACCUCAAAGCUCGACCCCAAGAGUCCUACCUACGAGCCCGUCGCGAAAGUGACAACUGCCAAAGACGUUGCCCCUCCGACACCGUCUCCGGCGAAGCGCUCUUCAUGGCGUACCAACGAGACGUCUCAAUCAGACAGGCACGAGGACCGAACUAUUUCACAGAAGCCUAGCUUGUCUAGCAUAGAUACGACAGACUUCUUCCCCACUAAUACCCAUGAGCACUCCUCUACGCGCGUUGCACCGAAGGCUCAGGAGUCCAAGCAGACAGCGAAGGAGAACGCCGCUGUCCCAUCUACGCCCGAGAAGGACUGGCCUGCGAGCCCAUGGAAUGAGGGCAACUCGAGUCGCUCAAGCAAGAAGGCGGUUCCGAAACUUACCUCGUGGCCUGAGGCUUUCGGCAAACAGCCAUCUAUGUCCUCACUGAAGCAGGCUACAACCACCCAGCUGCCUUCAAAUGCACAGGAGCGUGCGCCGCCUGCGACUGCGGACCCUCUGGUUUCUGCCUUCUCCAGCAACUUGACGUCGCGGAAAUCGUCUAUGCGACGAACUGGCACAGAGGAAAAUUGGCCGCCGUUUGUGUCCAAGCCAACCACGUACGUGCCUUCCACAUACCAGGAAGGAUAUCAGGCCGGCUAUGAUCAUGUGGGGAUUCCUGAUAGCCCUGAAGUCCUGAGGGGUUACCUUGAGGGACUCUUGCAUUUCCUGGCGGAUGAGUGCAAGAAGGGUCGCGACAAUUCACUUCGAGGCCUUGUGGCUCGUUCAACUCCGCACGACUCUGCCGUCAGCAUGUCAUUCGGUCAAGUCGAUGCCUCAAUCGGAAACCAGGAGAAUGCUCGAUCCGCUAAAGUCAAUGCGCCGACUCCGGAUGCGCGCAGGGAUUCCGUGUACACUCAACUCGGAGGUGCCAAGGAUACGCCCAUCACAUACACCUAUUGCAACGAAGCUGCUCAGCAGCCACGCCUGCGAAACCCCUCGACUGCGACGUACCUGCCUCAGACGGACGCUUCGGAUAAGAUGAGUUCUGCAUACCGCCAGCUUGCCUUUUCAGCAGCUGAGAAUGAGCUUGCCAUGAAGAACCAAGAGAAAGGUAUUGUGUCCCGCGCCAACUCAGCACUACCUGGAGGCGCAUAUCCGCGGCAGUUCUCCGGAAAUCAGACCAGCAGUCGCUCAUACGGAACUCCUGUUUCCAUGCAGCGUUACAUUCCGCCGUCCAGGGAAUAUAGAGCCCAUGGGCCUGAUGCAAAUUUCCCACCCUCCCCACGGCCUAUGGCUAACCAGCGGCUGUCAGGGCUGGACGGCGCCAUGGACGAUUUGGCCGAUGUUGUCCUCGAUACGCAUCUUGAGGAGCGGCGUCCUACCACGGAGGGACAGCGUUCGACCGAGGCCACUGGGACAAUGGAGCCUGUCGAAGCUGAUGCGUCUUGUUUCAGGCCGUCCUCGAGCAAAGGCAAGCAGAAGCUCGCCUCCUCGCCUACGAAGGCUGCAGCGGGCGAGCAGGGCGAAGUAGCUGCAGCUUCGCCGGCCAAUACUCCGCGAUCGCCAAAGAAAUCCGGAGAAGUCUCGCCUGCGAAGGCCAAGCUCGAGCAGGUCACGAAUAAGUUCAGGCGUACGAAGAAGGACCCACGCAACAUGUCUCCGGAGGAGAAGCGACACCGUUCGGAGAAGUGGCACACCCGCUUCCGAUCGAUCAAGAGCAUCGAGCAGCAGAAUAUCUACGAGCAUAUCCGCGACAAUCCCCGCAAAUGA